AUGCCUACCAAUAGCAAGUUACUUAUUCCAAGACCACCCGUGUUGGCAAAACAUUCAAAAGAAAAGGAAGGCGCUAGGCCAACCCACCCACACUUGCAAACUCAUUUCAGGGAAGAGAAGCAGAGUUUGUUCUUUGGAACUAGUUUCCCCAAAGUCAACAAACCGGAGUCAGAAAUGAAGCCCAGUGAUUAUGACCUGCAUGCUAUCGGUGUUAACCUUUUGAAUGCCAUGACAUCCAAUAAAGUCAAAAUGAUGGAGGAAAUAUUGAAGGCUAUCUCUUCGAACUUCAUCAAAAAGAGUCGUUGCUUGGAGAAAACGCAAGCGAAGAAUGCUAAACUCCGAGAAUCUCUGACCCAGCAAAGAAAAGAAGAUAAAGCUCUUCGUGUCGAGAUCAAUCAACUGCAGGGAUUGUUGACUCAGGCUAACACUGAAAAGGGAAAGUUACAGUCUGCCCUCAAUAAUCUGGGUACACAUUUGAAAGAAAGCAAAUCAAGUUUUAAAGCAAAGUCGCGCGAAAAUGAAACUAGCCUAGAGCUAGCCGAGAAGAAAUUGCAAGAUGUGGAGGUUCUUUUGCGCCAAGAAAAGGAUGAUGUUGCGCAACUUCAACAAGAAGUGCAAGAUGGAAAUGUAAAGACCCACGCGCUAGAAAGCCAAGUGAUCGCUGAACAAAAUAGGUGCAGAGAGCUACAGGGUGAAGUGAAGCAGUACUGCCCUUCACUGCAACCUAUGCUAAGAUUCCUUAAUGACGCACAAUCCCUUCGUACCAAAGCCAGCGCCCUCAUAAGAAGCUCUAUGCUUGUCAUCGGUCCUAAGCUCUCGAUGGCCUGGGAUCUUGUCCAUUUGCUACACUCUGCUCAAGAUGAAGAAUUAAAAGAAAAAGGGAUUGUGGACCAUCUGCAAUUGAUCAGAAGGAUGAAUGUUUUCAUCAACCGACACAGGGAAAUCAUGCAGGCUUUGGAAGCUCUUGCACCUCUACAAUUUUCAGUUCCGGACAUCAAGCAGCACAUAGAGAGGCUUUUUUUAUUGGGCCUACCUUCUCAUUUUCCCACAGAUGGUAUUGUACUAGGGAUUGAGCAAAUAUUAAGCCAGAUUGAACAUUUGCAACAAGAUAGAACCUUCCUGCAAGGUCUAGGCAAUCCUAUUUCAGCAGAUGAGGUUGAGCGUCUUUUACACCCUCUCGCCCAACUCUCUACUCUCCUAAAGCUAGUCCAAGACGAGUUGACAUCCUUACCUUUUGACGAAGUGAUUUGUCUGGAGCAGCAUUUCCAAAAUUUAGAAGCACAAGUGUUUCCCCCUAAAGAUGAAUGGUUUCAAAUACAACAGACCUUCGACUCACUCCACUCUGUUUUACCAUAA